UUUUUUAAGAUUGCUUAAUCGCCUGAAUGCUGCAAACGAAAACCAGAAAAAAGUAGUAAAAUGGAAGAGCAGAGCGGCGGCUCGCGCCGAACACGGUCGCAAGCCGCGCCGGACUGGACUGUGCAGGAAUCGGUGAUUCUUAUAAACGAGAUCAACGCGGUGGAAUCGGAAUGGGGUGGCACGUUGCCAUCCUUCCAGAAAUGGCAGCAAAUAGUGGAAAAUUGCAAUGCGCUAGAGGUUAACAGGACCUUGAAUCAGUGCAAAAGAAAAUGGGAUGCAUUAUUAAACGAAUACAAGAGGUUGAAGAUUGAAGGAGACGUAGGAGGAGCAAAUGGAUCAUUGGAUAUCGAGGUUUUUAGGGCAAUUGACAGGUGUGUCAAGGCCAAAGGGAAGAAGAGCGACAGUCAUGGCACGGCGGCUGAGAUUGAGGUUGAGACCGUGGCGGAGGUGCAGUCUGUGAUGGAUACUGACCCGGAUUCUGACCCAGAAGCGCAGGGUCCUCCGACCACAUUCUUCUUGGAAACGGGUACCAAGAAGCAAGGUCAGAGGAUGAAGCGCCAAAAGCGCAAGAUUCAAAGGUUAAAUCCAUGGGGAUACGUCACGAGUGGGAAAAUAAUGUUAGAGCAAUCCAGCAGAAAUGAAAAGAUGUAUUCAAGUGCAGAUGAGGAGAGCAAUGUAGAAACAAAGGAAGAAACACUAGCUCAAAUUCUACGGGAAAAUGCAAUGCAGGUUAAUGCAAUACUUGAAGGAAACCUAGCGGAGGAUGUGGAGUACAGAUUAGCUGAUCUGAAAAACAUGGAUGCUGUACAGAUUGAUUUCGCUAGACGCCAAGGUGACAAGCUUAUUGACCAUUUUGGAAAAAUUUCAGAUAUCCUUAACCAGCUUUGUGAUUUAGUCCGACAAUGAAACUUGAUUUUCAUUGGCUAAUACCGUGUCUAAAUUUUCUCGCAUUCUGUAAAUGUAGAAUGGUAAGAGGACACUGGCAGCCUCUGUAACUUACCAAAUGUUCGAUUUAUUUUAUGUUAAUUAAGCUCCUAGUCAAGAGUACAUCUGAUACAUUAUAUGUGCACAAAUGCUGUGAAUGUAAGAAGAAUUUACUAUUUACAACAAAGAAUCUAUGUAUAGAGGUUGUAAAACCAAAAGCAAAUCAUGCUGUGAAUGUACAAAGCAUAUGGUACAUGUGUGCAAGUUCUAUUGAAAAUGGACAACAAAAAUGACUUAUUUUUCA